AUGGCGACACAAACAAACAAAGAGCUUUUCUGGGGUGGAAUAGUAAAGAUUUUUAAAGAACAGCAAGCCGAUGUGCGGUUAAAGGCAUGUGACAGUGAUGAUGAGGCAGCUAUCUCUGCCCAUAAGCUUCUUCUGGUUGUGACUACUUCUUCUUCUACUCCCUUUUCUUCUGCAAGAUCAGAGGUGUUUAAGAAGAUGUUUGAGUCAGACGAAUGCAAGGAUUCGUCCAGGCUGGAGGCAAUCACUCUCUCGGAGCUGAGACAUGAAGAGUUAGAAGCUUUCGUUGAGUUCAUCUACAGCGACGGCUCUAUUCUUUCAGAGAAGGCGAAGCAACACGUUAGGUCACUCUAUCGUGCAGCCGACAAAUAUGAGAUUCCGCAUCUGCGUGACCUAUGCAGAAUUGAGCUUAUAGCAACUCUUAACCAUUUGAAUGCUCUUGGAGUUCUCGCGCUCUCCGAAAUCCCUUUUGAUAAAGCCCUCUGUGAUGCCGCCAUCACAGCUGUCAAAAGCGAUAGACACGCUAUUUCUAGGUCUACUGAGUUGAAGGAUUUCAUCGUCGAUCACCCAGAUCUUACCGUGGAGAUACUGAAGGCUAUUUGCUACUUGUAG